AUGGACGACUUUGUGAGCGAAUCGGAUAGCGACUAUACCAGCUACUGGCGCGAUUGGUUUAUAUCCUCUCGGGGCAACGAAUACUUCUGCGAGAUCGACGAAGAGUACCUGACAGACCGAUUCAACCUGACCGGCCUGAACGUCGAGGUUCAGUACUAUCAGUAUGCCCUGGACCUGGUCACCGACGUCUUCGAUCUGGACUGCGACGAUGAGAUGCGCGAGACGAUAGAAAAGUCGGCUCGCCAUCUCUAUGGCCUUGUACAUGCGCGCUAUAUCGUCACGACCCGAGGGUUGGCAAAGAUGCUCGAAAAGUACAAAAAGGCCGACUUCGGCAAAUGCCCCCGCGUGCAGUGCCAGAGCCACCCUCUCCUCCCAAUGGGCCUGUCGGACGUGCCCAACCUGCGGCCGGCGAAGCUGUACUGCGCGCGGUGCGAGGACGUGUACAACCCAAAGUCCUCCCGGCACGCGGCCAUCGACGGCGCCUACUUCGGCACCUCGUUCCACAACAUCAUCUUCCAGGUCUACCCUGCCCUGAUGCCGGCCAAAUCGGUCGCCCGCUACGUCCCGCGCGCCUACGGCUUCCGCGUCCACGCCGCCGCCGCCCUCGUCCGCUGGCAGGCCGCGCGCCGCGACGAGAUGAGGCGUCGGCUUAGGCGGCUGGAUGUCGAGAGCGGGUUCCGGGAGGGCGAGGGGGAGGACCUCGACGGCGGCGACGGGGAGGAGGAUGAGGAGGCGGAAGAGGAGGAGGAGGAGGAGGAAGACGUUGGGGAUGGGGAGCUCGUCAUGGAUGAUGCUGCUGCCGCUGCCGCUGGUGCGGGUGCGGGUGCGGGUGCUGUUGCUGCCGGCGCCGGCGGCGGUGGUGGGGGAGUGGCGGACCUGAUCAUGAAGCGGUCUGGUCUCGGCGACGCCGGCACCAUCGCGUGA